ACUUUCUUCAUUAAGAAAUUCAACAUAUUAAAUAUACGUAAGUCCUUAUAACUCAAGGUAAUAUAGAUUGUAACAAUAUUAAAAGAUCAAACACACGUAUGUAAAGCCCAAAUAACCUAGAUCGUAAGCUUCUUUGAUCCAAUCUCUUCGAGGACUCUUACUCAUGACUUCUCCUCCUCCUCCUCCUUUCUUCGACGUCUCGCCAGCUGCAGCAGCGACAAAUAUGCCUGACCUGACCAUCGUCGGGUUCUUGAAGUCACCAGAGUCGUUCCCACUCUAUCUUCUGAUAGCGCUGAUCGUUUACAUCGUCCAACUCCGCUAUUGUAACUACAGGUUCCACGCUAUCUGCAUAGACGAGUGGUUUCAGUUAGGCUCCACUUGUCCUUCCUGCCGAAGCAUUCCAGUUAUUUAUCACCACUUUGAAUGUAGUGAUCCGUGA